AUGAAAAAGAAAGAAAAGAAGGAAAACACGGCCAUUCUCUUUUUAGUGUUAAAGGAAAUAAUUAAGAAAAUGAGAACUGCUGAUAAACUUUUUGAUAGUUUAAAACCAAAACUCGAUUUCUUGGGUAGUUAUUUUGAUGGAUUGCGUGUGGGUCAUGCAAGUGAAUAUGACAUUAAUGUGAUUUUGAAAUUUCCCAUUAACUACGAAAACAUUAAACUAUCUACGUGUAAUUCAUUUCACGAUUAUACAAAUAUAAUAAUGCCUUCAGAAUUUCGUAGGUUGGCUAAAAUACCUGAGACAUCUAAUAAGGGUUUUAUGAAAACAAAACUAUGGUGUAAUAAGGAAUACAAGCUAUCCGUAUCAAAAUUUCGAUCUUGGAUGCAGAGUGUAGUUGAUCAUGCUUUGAACACUAUGCCGUUGGAAAAUGGAAUAAGAGUCUUAGUUUUGCAACAUAAGCAUAAAUAUAGAAUAUUUAAAAAAAUAUCAGGUCCUGCUAUUACGUUAACAGUAAUUAAAGAAGAUAAUAGUGCUAUUGAUGUCGACUUAGUACCCACUUUUACAUUUAAAUUACCAAAAAAACCGGUUGAUUCAAAAGUUUGCUUUACCAAAGUAGAAUCGACAAAUAUACAUACGUAUUUUGUAGUACCUAAACCGAAUGGUGAUGAUUUUAGUUGGAGAUUAACAUUUCCAUUUCAAGAAAGAUACUAUUUAAAAAACAACAACAAUUUGAAGAGUGUUAUAAGACUCAUCAAACAUUUUAGAGAUAUUCAAGGUUUUACAAAACUAUGUAGCUAUUUUAUUAAGACACUUUUUUUAUGGCAAUGUGUAACUAUGGACAACAGUUAUUGGACAAGGAAUUCUAUGUAUUAUUUAGUGAUUAAUAUGCUUCAUAAGCUUAAAGAUAGCUUAGGCAAUAGAGAUCUAAGAAAUUUCUGGUGUCCAGAUCAUAAUAUUUUGGAGAAGAUCAAACCAGAAACUUGUAAAAAUUGGCAUAAUCGGUUAAAUUAUAUAUUAAAUGAUAUAGAGUGUAAACAAUAUAGUAAACCCAAUGUAAUACUGAACUAUUUUUCUAAACAU